CCCCUGAUGUGCCCCCCGUCCCCCCCCAGCAGGAUGUCGUGUCCCCCCCGGUCCAUGGUGGCCGUGGCCCAGGUGACGUCGACCCCGGACAAGGAGCACAACUGGUUCCAGUGCUCGGGGCUGGUUCGGGAGGCAGCAGCUCGUGGGGCCCGGCUCGUCUUCCUGCCCGAGGGCUUCGACUUCAUCGGGCACGGCCCCGAGCAGAGCCUGAGCCUGGCAGAGCCCCUCGACGGGCACACCGUGGGCAGGUACCAGCAGCUGGCCAGGGACUGUGGUGUGUGGCUCUCCCUCGGGGGUUUCCACGAGCGCGGCCCCGACUGGGACUCGACGGGUCGGAUCUACAACUGCCACAUCCUGCUGGAUAACUCCGGGUCGGUGGUGGCCACGUACCGUAAGACGCACCUGUUUGACGUGGAUCUGCCGGGCCGGGUGUCCCUGCGCGAGAGCGGCUUCACCAACCCCGGCCCCCAAAUCCUGCCCCCCGUCGACACCCCCGUGGGCAAGCUGGGCCUGGCGGUGUGUUACGACCUGCGUUUCGCGGAGCUGGCGCUGGCCCUGCGCGCCAACGGAGCCCAAAUCCUCGCCUACCCCUCGGCCUUCACCGUGCCCACCGGGGCGGCACACUGGGAGGUGCUGCUCCGUGCCCGGGCCAUCAA